CCAAAAUCGCUACGGAUUGGGAGUAAAUGCGGGUUGAAUCUUGGACAAAGAAGCAACUCUGAGCAUUCUUUCUCCUGAGAUGCCCACGUUAUUCCUGUAUCAGUGGCCCGCAAUGCCUAAUUGCUUGCUCGACCACACGCUGAACUGCCAGCGUGAGGUUCUGAUCAUUGCGGAAAAAUAAUCUGGAAUAUGUCGGGUGGCUUCUUGCGUCCUACAGAGGCUACUCAUAAUUGCAGCCAGUACAUGUUAAUAGGUGUUCCUUGUCAUCUCCAAUGCUGCUGGGAGUGAAGCAUUCCAUCACAACGACGGCUGCUUGGUCACGUGCCGGUUCCUUAGGGUUAGGGUUAAGGCGUGUGAAAAAUGUUCAAGAUUCAAAUGUAGCCGUCAUAUGUUAUAAAAAAACAAUCCCAUCCUAUAUAUGUCUUUCCGGAACGAUGAAAUUUCAGGCAAACGUCAGCUCGCGGAAAGGCCUCAUCUUUGGUCUCACAUUUCUUGGACUCUUGGCCUUUGCCAGUAUUCCCCAUUCCUUUCAUCACCUUCGAUCAGUCAGAGAGGACACAUUUUGUGGACCCGCCGUAUGGGCAAUUAACGACGAAAGCGCCGUCUGCAAUGCGGCAAGCCAGGCAGCUAUUCGGCAACUUGCGGUAACUGUAUCCAAGCUGGCUGCUCCUGCAAAGAUUGAGCAUGCAUGUGAGAUCAAGAGGUUCGGCAGUGGUUGGGGAGAACACCAGCUUUGUAAUAAACCUCCGAGUGCCCAGUCUGGAUGCGUAUUUUACUCGUUCGGCAUUGAUCAAGACUACAGCUUCGACCUACACCUGUCAAAGGAUUGGAACUGUCGUGGCUUUAUGUUGGACCCGACGGUCGCCCACCCAGCAAGAAUUGGUAACAAUCUCUACUUUUUCUCGAUUGGUGCCACGUUACUGCAGGAGAAGGAUUUAGGAGGGGCAGGAUCUGCCAUGAGGGGAACCGCUGCUAAUAAAUGGCAAAUCACAUCGCUGCCUGAAUUGAAGCGGUGGCUUGGGCACAAGCAUAUUAAUGUGCUUAAAAUGGACUGUGAAGGGUGCGAGUAUGCGCUAGCUAGGGACAUAGCAAAGCAAGAUCCUACCUUUUUCCACAAUGUCGAUCAGCUGGCCAUCGAAAUUCACAUUUCAAAAGCCUGGAUCAAAACGGAUCGUCAUCUGCACUACUUGGGACUUCUCUACCAUAUGCUGAAAGUCGCUGGACUCCACCUUAUUUCUUCGGACAUUACGCCUUGUAUGGCUGUAGAUGAGGCACCGGGAUGUCCAGAGUUUCUUGUAGAAGCAGGUUAUCCGUGUGGGCCAAAAAAAAUGUGCCACAACUACUUGUUUAGCAGAUAGAGAUAGAUAGAUGGAAUAGUGAUAGGAUACACAUUUUUCCCCAUUAAUAUCACGUGGUGAUUAAAUUCAUCUUAAGCAACCGA